CGCCACGGUUGAUAUGCAGCAUGUGGCCGCCGUGGCAGUUAAGGAUAACCAAUAGGAGGAGGAGGAGGAGGACGACGACGAGGAGGUGGUGUACGAGGUCAUGGUGGAGGAGGAGGACGACGACGACGAUGAGGAGGUGUACGAGGUCAUGGAGGAGGAGGACGAGGAGGACGAGGAAGACGAGGAGGACGAGGAAGACGAGGAGGACGAGGAAGACGAGGAGGACGAGGAGGUGUACGAGGUUAUGGAGGAGGAGGAGGAGGAGGAGGAGGAGGAGGAGGAGAUGGGGACCAAGGGAAAGGGGAUGCCGCCUUAAUCUCAUAAUUUUCCCCUCCCGUCGAUUUUCCUGCUUGCUUGUUUUUUUUUAUUAAUCAAUCAAUCCAGAGAGA